ACAUCAAAACAAAGAAUGAACUAUAACAAUCAAUGUUCUAUAAAUACAUGUAUAAUAUGAAGUCAGUAUCUUAUAGAUCAAUUUGCCACUUCCAAACAGCUGCUUUCUCCAACAUGAGCGUCUUUUAUCAGGAGGAGCAGCCCCGUAAAUCUAAGAGAUGCAAGUUCCUAGCUACAGUUCUGAAGGAAGCAUUUUCCAAUUGCCAUAUAAGCGAUGGACGGCUGUCGAAUUCAUGUCCAGAGGAAGAUUAUUCAAGUGACAUCGAAGAUGAAUCGGAAGUUGUUGUUUCUGAAAUUCGAAAUCGAGCAAUGGAAAAGAUGAAGCGCAGGCCUAGUCUAAUAUCAGAAAGCUUUUCCUGGGUAUUAUCUCCAUCAACAGGGGAGCUGUUUAUAACCUCAAAGUACGCCAAACGACGAGACAAGGAUAAUGAAGCAGAUGAAAGAGAGGAAUUCUUUUCUGUUGGGAGUUGUUUCUCCUUCUCUUCGAGUGCUGUGAGCAGGGAAGCCUUUCUAUCGGCUAAGACAAACUUUUCCCGUUGUUCAAGCUUAAACAAGAUUGAUUUACCAGACAUUUGGAAGUUUGAUUUCCAGGAUUUUCGAAGGCGAUCAAUCAUUCAGGAAUUCUGUCAUUGUGAGGGGUGGCCAUUUGGGCUGUGCAGGAAGGCUGUGUUACUCCCACCUCUGCCCAAAUCCCCUUCUGAGUCUUGGUCUUGGCGUAAAGGCAAGAGAUUAGCCAAGACUCCGUAUGUUUAAACAUAGCCUAAUCUCCCAAUCUAUGAAACCCCCCCCCACCCUCGCCCCAACUCACUUAUGUUUUAGAGUUUCUUUUUGUGUCUCCUUUUUUCUGUUUUAGUCCUGGCAAUGGAAGCAAAUUCCUUCCUCUUCUAAAUACUGGAAGCAUACAAAAUGGUAACCAGUCAAAGAAUAAAAAGGUUAAUUAUGGAGAUAAGUUGUCUCACCAUCUCUCUCCGGUGAUUACAAUUAGCAACCUCGGACAGGGUCAGGGACCAUGGCUUUCUCUCUCUCCCCACUCCAUUGUUUAUGUUUUUUCUUCAGGGAAGUAUUUACAUUUACAAUCCUGCUAAAAGAAUGAGUUUCGAGGCCUUACCAUUGUGAAACUCCGUUUUAUUUAAUAUAGAUGAUCGAAGCAGUGUAGAAUCUAAUGAAAGUAGCAAA